AUGCAGACUAGCCAGAAAAUAUCUCUUUCAGGCUCUGAUCGCUACUACUUUCAGGUGAAUCCUCAUACAAUUUCUCAGGUGAAUCCUCAUACACACCAGCUAAAACUUUGUGAUUUUGGGAGUGCAAAAGUGCUGGUAAAAGGAGAACCCAAUGUCUCUUACAUCUGCUCAAGAUACUACCGUGCUCCAGAACUGAUAUUUGGUGCUACUGAAUACACAACUGCUAUUGAUAUAUGGUCUACAGGUUGUGUAAUGGCUGAGUUGCUACUUGGACAGCCUCUAUUUCCCGGUGAAAGUGGAGUUGACCAAUUAGUUGAGAUCAUUAAGGUUUUGGGAACUCCAACUAGGGAGGAGAUUAAGUGCAUGAAUCCAAACUAUACUGAAUUUAAAUUUCCACAGAUAAAGCCUCAUCCCUGGCACAAGGUCUUCCAAAAGCGAUUUUACCCCCGAAGAGUGGAUCUUGUCUGUAGGUUUUUCCAUACUCUCCGCAAUUUGAGAUGCACUGCUGAGCGUCUUCCCAACGGCCGCCCUCUUCCUCCACUAUUUAAUUUUAAAGCUCAAGAGCUCUCAGGCAUACCACCGGACAUUGUCAAUUGACUCAUUCCAGAGCAUGCUCGUAAGCAGAAUUUAUUUAUGGCUUUGCACACCUAGUAACUGUAACAAACUAUUUGCUUGUGCUCGCCGUCCACAUUAUUGCCUUAUAUCUAAAUUUGUAAAAAUCCUUCACUUUUAUGGUCUUUUGCUUCUUUAA